AACGUCAACUUCAAUAAUAAUAACUAGGUUAUGAAGUAAUUUUAUUUUGCAAAAGUAGUAAAUUUCGUUUUUAAAGUUUUUGUACUCCCUAAUCGUAUUUGAAACGGACGAAAAUGCCUUUCUGAAAAUGUUUUUAUGUUAUAAUAAAAUGUCAUUUGCUAUAAAAUUAACUUUAAAACAGGCACUGCCAAUAGCGAGUCGGUCAAGUAUAAUUUUACAAAAUGUUUACAAUUAUAGCUCCAAAGCAACAUCGCAAGAUAAUUUUUAUAACAGCUUUACGGACUGGGAGACUUUAAGCAAGAAAAAAAAGGUUAGCAAAGCAAUGAGAGCCUACUUAGAAAGAGCCAAGGAACAUGAUGAAUUUAUGAAGAAACAGCAAUUCGAAUACAACAUUGGCAAAAGGCAUCUUGCAAAUAUGAUGGGAGAGGAUCCAGAAACGUUUACUCAAAAAGAUGUUGACCGCGCUAUCGAAUACUUAUUUCCCAGUGGCAUAUAUGAUCGCGCUGCUCGACCAUUAAUGAAACCACCAGAGGAAGUUUUUCCGGCACGUAAGGCUGCCGAAUUUGAUGAAGCAGGACGGCCACAUCACUUUUUAUUCUAUACUGGCAAGCCAAACUUUUUCAAAUUAUUGUAUGAUAUCACUGAAAAUAUUCAAGACUUGUACAAGUAUGGGGAUAAAGUAAUUAGAAAAAAAGAAGUAACAGAUGAAAAAUUGUUGCUGAAUAUAACUGGCAGUGUUUGGCUAACCAAGGACCAACUUGAACAAUUGUUAGUUGAAACUGUAACUGAUUUAGAAUAUGACAAUUUUAAAUUAGCCAUGGACAGACUUGUAUCCUUGCCUCACUCUCAUAUAUACAAAGAGUUCAUUGAGAAGUUUAGAAAACCUCUGGCAACUCAAAGAUUUGCUCUAGAAAUCCCUAAACCAAGUUAUGAUGAAAAUGGAAAUGCAUUUGUAACAACAUAUGAAUGUUUGCGUAAAAAAGCCAGGGGUGAUGUCACUAUUAAAUCCCCAGGUACUGGAAAGAUUACUAUUAACGGGCAAGAUUUGACAUAUUUUGAAGAUACACAAUCAAGAGAACAAGUAAUUUUUCCAUUAAUUUUUACUGGAAUGCAAGAUAAAGUAGACAUAGUGUGUAACAUAGAAGGUGGGGGGCCAUCAGGACAAUCAGGAGCCAUACGAUGGGGAAUAGCUUGGGGAUUACGGAGUUUUGUCGAUAAGGACAUGCUUGAAGCUAUGCAGUUAGCUGGCUUAUUAACAAGAGAUCAUAGACGUCGUGAACGAAAGAAGCCUGGACAACCUGGUGCAAGGAAGAAGCCUACUUGGAAGAGGAGAUAAUUAUUCUGGUUUAUAAAAGUGUUAGAUUUAAAAAUAAAAGUAUAGAUGUGA